AUGUCCAAUUCCUCCGAAUUCUCUAGCUCUGAACCAAAGCUACAAGAACAGCAAAAUGAAGCAUUGCUGCGAAAGAUUGAGACUCUGAAGUGCGAACGCGAUAGAUUACAGAUUAUGAACGAGAGAUUGCAUGGUGAGAGUUGCAAACGUCUGAGUUUUCCCGAGUUGAAGUCACUUCAGAGUCAGUUAUGCCAAGGCCGGCUCAAUGUGGACCAACAGAUGAGGAUAAUAAAGAUGGAGGAUGACAAACUGGUCAAGCAGGAAAAAGAAGAUAGUUACCUCCGUCAAUUGGAGUUCUCAAAGAAAAGAAAAUUUUUGAGGUUGAGGGCGAAAGAUCGCCGGCGCUUUGAUGAAGAAAUACAACAAGAGCUAGCACCGGUGCAAAUGAAGAAGAAAAUCAAAUACUUGAAGAGGGAAGUCAAGAGAUUGAGGCUUUUGAACGAGAUAAUGAUUGGUAACAAGCUUGAGGGAAUGGGCUACUAUGAACUGAUGGCUUAUCAAAGGGAGGUAUUGGUCGGUUUGGUCUCUGUGCAUCGUCGGAUGCGUAGUCUGAUGUUGAGGCCAAAAGAAGAGGAAUUAAUCUCUGUUGCUAGUAGAGUUAAAACACUGGAGUUGGAGACUGUGGAAUUGGAAACCAUGCAACCUGGUGAUUUCAUUAUAAAGUACUGCUCUAAGCUUGGAAUGUCUCAGCAAGCGGUUAAAUUAAAGCUGCUAAGGAAGCCGUGCUUAAAUGUGAGGAAAUUGAUAGAAGAGAUAUCGACUGCGACGGGAGUAGCAGAAGGGACGAUAAGGAAUUCAUACAGAGACUUGUCUCCACGUUUUCCAAAGAUAGCACCAAGCUGGUAUGCUAAGGAAGAGGAUCUUAAGAACCUCUCGAGGAAGCCAUCGAUUUACUCUUCCAUAGUUCUCCUACUCCUCACCAUCUUACCAACGGCAAUCUCUCACGACUAUUCCGAUGCUCUCACAAAGUCAAUCCUCUUUUUCGAAGGUCAACGCUCGGGAUAUCUUCCUAAAGAACAGAGGAUGACGUGGCGUCGUAACUCUGCACUCAAUGACGGCAAGAACCUCAAUGUUGAUCUUGUUGGUGGUUACUACGACGCCGGAGACAACAUUAAGUUCCAUUUUCCGAUGGCUUUUUCGACUACAAUGCUUGCGUGGAGCGCUGUGGAAUUUGGAAGUUACAUGUCUCCGGCUGAUCUCCGGGACAAUCUUGCCGCCGUCCGGUGGGGUACCGAUUAUCUCCUUAAGACCGUUUCUCAAUUCCCUAAUCGCAUCUUUGUCCAAGUAGGUGAAGCAACACCGGAUCAUCAGUGUUGGGAGAGACCGGAGGAUAUGGACACACCACGAACAGCUUAUGCCGUGGAAGCACCAAACUCGGCCUCUGAUUUUGCUGGAGAAAUCGUAGCUGCCCUUGCGGCCGCAUCAAUCGCAUUCAAACGAUCUGAUCCUAAUUAUGCUAAAAGAUUGGAAGUAUUUGAGAAGAAUGCGGCCGCGAUUGCACCGUAUAAGGAUAUAGCGGAAAAAAUGAUGUGUUCGUUUUUUCGCAAAACUCAUAUGACUUACACUCCCGGCGGUCUUCUUUACAAACCCAGUUUCACCCAGCUCCAAAACACCGUCGCAUUGUCUUUUCUCCUCCUCACCUACGCCGGUUACCUCUCCAAAUCCUCUCAACAACUCCAUUGCGGCAAUGUUAAGAUCAAACCAGAUUAUUUCCGCCGUAUAGCCAAACGACAGGUUGAUUACAUUUUGGGAGAUAAUCCUAUGAAAUUAUCGUACAUGAUCUCAGCAAUAUGGGAAUAA